AUGGUUUCCGAGCUGUUUUCAAAGUACUUGUCCAGUUUGGCAUCCUUGCCCUGUUUCCGUAAAACUUUCUCUGCAACCAACUUCAAAGGCUGGUGUUCCGAUAGAUGCUUGUACAGCUCGCUCGAGAGCUUGACUUUUUCAAGAAUUGUCGUCAGCUGGAGCCACACAGACUCGUUGAGCUUGAAGUUCUCGUCGCAAAAUUGGUAUAGACUCAGAAGAAUCUCGGCUCUCUUUUCCAAGUUGGUUUGUAGAUUCUUGUAUGAUGCGAGUCCAUUGUACUUGUUCGAGGCGAUCUCUUUCGCCAAUCCCAAAACAGCCGUCUCCACGUCGGCAUCGGUUAGUGUCAACUUGAGAUUAUCUAGCUUGAAAUCAAGCAGGUUUUGGGUGUUGCCAAACUGCAAGGCCUGGCCAAUGUGGUUUCUCAGGAAGUCAACGCUCGCAACAAUGUCGCUAGCCUUGUCCACCUUGAUCUGGAAGAUUCCUUCCUCGGUCAGAAUCACUAUCGAUUCUUGCUCGUCCACCUCGUAG